GAUUACGGCUUCGCCUGGCAGGCCGGGCUGCGCCGCGGCAGCCGCCUGGUCGAGGUGUGCAAGGUGGCGGCCGUGGCCCUGAGCCACGAGCAGAUGAUCGACCUGCUCAGGACCUCCGUCACCGUCAGGGUCGUCAUCGUCCCGCCGCACGAGGAUGGAACGCCCAGGAGGGGCUGGUCGGAAUCCCUGGAGCUGAGCUCGUCGUGCCCCGCGGAGCCCAAAGCCGACCCGGAGCCGUUCCCGGCGUUCCGGCCGCCGUUCCGGAGCAGCGCCGGCUGGCAGUGGAGCGGCCCGGCCGCGCCCAAACGCGCCAAAGCGCCGCCCGUGGCACCGCACCGGGAACCGCCAACGCCCCACGGAAAGAGGCCCCUGAGCUUCCCGGAGACCCCCCACGCCGCCCCCGCCGCCGGCGCCGCUCCGGCACAGCCCUACCGCCAACCUUCCGGAA